AUGGAAAAUUACGUUUUGCAGAGAGAAAUAAGCAAUGAUGCGAGUGGACAAUUCACACUUUACCUAGAGAAGCCCACAUCACACCAUGUUGUCAUUCGAAAGCAGUCUCUUGCUGCAAUGCCCAGAGAAGAUUGGGAUUCUGUACUAGAAGAAGAGCUUUCUUUCUGCUCACUCGAUCAUCCUAACAUUCUUAAGUAUCAUACAGCAUUUAUUAAAGAUGAUUCGCUUUAUACAGUCAUGGAUUUUGCUCAAGGCGGUAAUUUAGAGCAAAAAAUUAAAAAAUCGCAGGGCAUGUUAUUCGAUGAAGAUCAAAUUCUCGAUUGGUUUACAAAAAUAAGUUUAGCUCUUAAAUAUAUGCAUGAUAGAGGAUUUUUACACCAUUCUAUUCAAGCAAAGAACAUUGUUUUCCUGAGGAACGGAAUGCUUAAAGUUGCAGGUAUCGUAAAUACCAAGAUUCUUGUCGGAACAACAAACUUUACGCAGACAGCUCAAACAAUGCCUUAUUUCUUCGCCCCUGAGAUAUGCCAAGGAAAGCAAUAUACAGACAAAACAGAGAUAUGGGCAUUAGGAUGCUUACUAUACCAGCUAUGCGCUCAAAAACCUCCUUUUGAAGGCAAAAGUAUUCCAGCUUUAAUUCGAAAGAUUCUUAAGGGAAACAUCACACCGAUACCAUAUAUUUUUUCAUCUAAUUUACGAAACUUAGUUACAGCAUGCCUCCAAAAGUUCCCUUCUCGUCGUCCAAACAUAAAUAAAAUUUUGAAUUACGAUUUCAUCAUGUCAGAACUACAUAAUAUCCUCGAUGCCUCGAUCAAAAUCGUCGAGACAAAGAAGUCCGCUAAGCCAGCAAAGCAUAAAAAGUGUUCUAGACCUUCAAAAUUGAUGACAAAAGCAAAAAUGAACGAAGAACUCAAAAAAGACUUCCAACAUCUCGAACUACAGUCUCCAAAGAAGGCAAAGCCACCGGCUAACAGCGAUUUGAGCAUAACUGGAAGAUUUAAUAUCAAAGUUCACGACGAAGAAGAGGAAGCAGAGGCCAAACCCAAAACACCUGAUGAUGACAUCAAAGAGAAAGUCCGUAGGAAGAGGGAUGAUCUCUUAGAACAAGUUUUCAGACAAAAACAUCCAGAAUUGUUCGCAGAAGAAGGCGAAGAAGUCCAACCACCACCAAAAAUGAACCUCUCAGAUAUCAUACAUAUAUCAGAUGACUCAUCAGAUAAUGACGAUGAUGCAGAUGAAUUCAAAGUUCUUGCAGACAUCGCUCAAAGCAUUUUUGAUAAACCACCUGAUGCAACAAGCGAAAAAACUAUUACUAUGAGUAAUAAGAACGGCCUGGGAAGCCAUUACUUCACAGGAACAAGCAUUUUAAGUGAUGUUGAUGAAAGUGUGUCACUUUUUGAAAGAAUCGAAAUGCUUCGAGUUAGACUGGAAAAAGCAAUUGGACUUGAUCCUUUCAUUGAAGCCUACAAUUAUGUUAAGAAUUCAGGAGAUAAGACAAAUCAAAAGGAAAUUGAGUCCCAUUUAAGACAAAUCUUGAAGACAGAUGAGCAGUUCGCUUAUUAUCCAGCUAUACUCCACCUUUGUCUCCUUGAAGAAGCUCAAUAA